AUGGAAGACAAUGCUUCAAGCUGCAUGAUUUCAUGUGCCAAGAUAUUGAAUAUGCCUGCAGAAACUUCAGAUUCUAACAAUACGAAUAAUUACUACACGUUGCCGGCAAGCAAGCGCAUGAGACACGACAACAACAUUAAUAUUUCCCCCUCAACAACAGCAACGGCAAAAUUCAAAGGGGUUGUGCCUCAGCAAAAUGGACAUUGGGGUGCACAGAUAUAUGCCAACCACCAGAGGAUAUGGCUUGGUACAUUCAGAUCUGAAAAGGAAGCAGCCAUGGCUUAUGAUAGCGCAGCAAUUAAGCUUCGCAGUGGGGAUUCACAUAGAAACUUUCAAUGUACAGACCGGAUUGCUCAAGAGCCUACAUUCCAGAACCAUUACAGCACAGAAGCUGUCUUAAACAUGAUUAGGGAUGGCUCCUAUCCAUCAAAGUUCGCUGCUUUUCUUCGUACACAAUCUCAAAACAACGAAAAUAUUGGAAUCUGCAGUCUGAAACAAACAAGGAUAGUGCAUGGCGAUGGACAUUUUUCAUGCAGCCAACUUUUUCAAAAGGAGUUGACACCAAGCGAUGUAGGAAAGCUUAAUAGACUUGUCAUUCCGAAAAAAUAUGCCGUCAGACAUUUUCCUUACAUUUGUGAAAGUUUGGAAGGCAAAAGUAAUAGUACUACAGGAUCAGGUACCGCUCAUGUCGAUGACAUUGAGUUAGUAUUCUAUGACAAGCAAAUGAAGCAGUGGAAAUUCCGGUACUGUUAUUGGAGGAGUAGCCAAAGUUUCGUAUUCACUAGAGGUUGGAAUAAAUUUGUGAAGGAAAAAAAAUUGAAUGCUCUUGAUAUUAUCACAUUCUACACAUGUGACAGUGGUGAAAAGGGAAAAGAGGGCGAGACAUUUUGUUUGAUAGAUGUGAUUUAUAAUGGGGGAGAUCAGAGCAAGAACUGUUUGGCUGAAUAUCAGGGGAUCUGUGAUGGUAAUCAGUCGUUGCAGGUGGAAUUAGAGUUAAAUUUGGGAAAAAAUGUUGGCUACAAAUUAGAUUAUAAGGAUGACGACGGAUCAUAUUCGAACGAAGAUGAUCAGAAGGUACGUCUGAAUAUGGAUGAAAAAGGUAUUAGGAUCUUUGGUGUACAUAUCAGCUGA